CGGGCUCGGGCCCCGCCGCUGCCCGGCUCCGGCGGGGGCUCCAGUCCGGGCCUGCGCUUCCCGGCGCUUCCCGCCGCUCCCCGCGGUGCAGCCGGGCCGCCGGGGCCGCCAUGGGCUGGGGGGCUCGGCUGUGGCUGCUGGGCGGCCUGGCCGCCUGGACGCAGCGGCGACGGGCGGCCGCGGCCGGGCGGGAUGACGGCGAGGGCGGGCGGCACCGGGAGCUGGAGCUGAGGCUGGUGCAGGUCGUGUACCGGCACGGGGCGCGCACCCCGCUGCGGCCGCUGCCCGGGGUAGCUCCGGUGGAAUGGCAUCCCACUCUUUUAGAUGUACCUGCUAAGACUAAGUUUGAUUACGUGGUGACAGACCUAAAUGGAGGACCCCAACCCCACUCACGCUUGGAUGAGGAAUACAAAAAGACUGUGUUCAAGGGUGGUGUAGUCGCAGGACAGCUGACUACAGUGGGGAUGGAGCAGACAUUCGCCCUGGGGGAAAGGCUGAGGAGAAGCUUUGUAGAAGAAGCCAAGUUUCUUUCACCAACAUUUAAGCCUGCUGAGGUCUUCAUCCGUUCCACUAAUAUUUUCCGGAAUCUGGAGUCCACACGGUGCCUGCUAGCUGGGCUGUACCAACAGCAGAAAGAAGGAUCUGUUGUCAUUGUCACUGAUGAAGCAAGCUCUGAAAUGCUCUACCCCAAUUACUACAACUGCCAGCGCCUGAAAUGCUUGACCAGGGAUAGGAUGCGGAAUGCUAUGCGUCAGCCAGGUAUCUCUGAUGACUUGAAAAAAAUUAAGAAGAGGAUAGGUAUUGAUGGUGAUGAAUCUGUGGAUUUUUUAGUCCUCCUCGAUAACAUUUUUGCUGAGCAGGUGCACAAUUUGCCAAGCUGCCCUGUGCUGAAGAGCUUCCAGCAGACAGUGGAGCGCCGAUCUGUUGACUCCAUGCUUUUCCUUCUGGAAGACAGUUCCAGAGAAGUUCUUCAGAUGAAUAUUGGCCUCCUGUUCAAUACCUUGCAGAAGAACAUUAAAGCAGCAAUAAAUCCCUCAAAUCCAGCUGAAAAGGCCCGGAAGCUCUUCCUCUAUGCUUCUCAUGACUCUACUCUUAUUCCUCUCCUGCUGGCACUGGGCACCUUUGAUCACAAGUGGCCACCUUAUGCUGCAGAUGUGAUCCUGGAACUGUAUCAGCACCGGCGCUCCAAGGAGUGGUUUGUGCGCGUGUCUUACCGUGGAGAGGAGCAAGUGGUGAAAGGCUGUAAAGCAGGUCUCUGUCCACUCGAACGAUUUCUGGAAGUUCUUUCACAGUACUCAGUCAGUCCAGAAGAGUACAAGAACCUGUGCUCCCAAAUGGACAGGAAUCAGCAAACUAACUCAUGAUUAUGCGGACUUAAAUUAAAAUUCGUUUAUUAUCACAA